AGAGGAGGUGGACGGGGGGACAGGGGAUGGAGAGGAGGUGGACGGGGGGAUAGUGGAUGGAGAGGGGAUGGUCGUGGAGGAGGACGAGGCAGAGGAGGGGGGCGACGGGAUGGGAGCAGAUCACAAAUGGGAGGAGAAGACAGUGGAACAGCGAAAUGGGGCACAGAAGCUGAGCAGGGAGGGCGAAGUAGAAGUUGUAGUGGACGAGGCAGAGGAGACAGAAGAGAACAUAUUUCGGGCCAAAAACUGUUCCCAUAUCUUUUCCAAGACCCUCUGAACGCUCCAGACAGGAGUAACCAACACGCCAGUGGUAGAACAUCUGAACCUAGAGGUAGAGGUGGGCAUGAGAGAGGAAGAGAUGGCGCCCCUGAGGUACGCAGAAUAGGGUUCAAAACAUUUGAAGGGCUGUUGGAUAAAGAACCUUCUGAGGUGGCCAUCUCUCUUUCAUCUAGUUUGGGACUCAAGAAUCUGCUCGACGACAGGACGAUGAGCAACAAAUUGAUUCAGGUAGUCUGUGAGGUUCUCUGCAAAGCUUUUCAGGCUAGAAAUGACCGCAAGAUCGUGCUGCAUUUAGCCAACAUGGUUAAGAGCUCUGCAUUUUUCCGUAACAUCCUUCCGUACUAUGUGACCGGAAUAAUGUCUGAAAACAUUCCAGCUCGCAGGCAGGAGUAUCCCCAGCAUUUGAGCAACAUCAUCAGUCUCCUCACCGAUGUUCUCAACAUGUUCCCAUAUAGCUCUGUCCAAUCGGUCUCCAUGUUGGUGAAUCUUCUGAAACCAGCCGUCAAUCAGUUACGUGCCUCUGGCGUAGAUAUUCCCAACAGCAUUGACGAAGGCUUGGACAGGGUCCAAGGUUUGGUGGACCACCUUCAGGAGAAGUCAAGAGAGGGAACCUUACGGUCAGAUAAGUACUCUUUUCUAGCAGCCAAUGAGGACGCUCCACCUGGAGAGGAAGACUAUAAGACCAUGAGCAUCUAUCCAACCCUUGAAGAGUUCCACCUAGACCACAAUCCUUUCCUGAGGCCCAACAUAAUAACUCAGAGGUUCCCUAGCGCUCGCAUCUAUCUUGACACACAUUUCCGUCUUCUCCGUGAAGAUUUUGUGAGGCCGCUGCGGGAGGGAAUUCGGGAUCUUCUGAGAAGCCAGCGUGAUGAGAACAUUGGUGGUGCACCACUGAAGAACAAGCGUUUUGAUGACAUCAGAAUCUACAAAGACACACGAAUGGUUGUGCCACUCUGCACGUCAACAGGCAUCGCCUACACAGUGCAGUUUGACCCACGACCUCUUCAGUUUGUCCGGUGGGAAAAUUCGAAACGGCUGCUUUAUGGAUCCCUUGUCUGUCUCUCCAUGGACAACUUUGAAACUUUCCUUUUUGCUGUUGUGAACAAUCGGGAUCCUAAACUACUGAAGGAGGGAAGGGUGGAUAUCUGUUUUACCUCCGACAGCAGACCCAGUCUGGCCAGGGUUGAGCCCUCACACUCUUUUCUGAUGGUGGAGACCACCGCUUAUUUUGAGGCCUACCGAUAUGUCCUUGAAGGUCUCCAGGAGCAAAAUGAGAAUGAGCUUCCCUUUCAAAGGUACAUAGUGGAAUGCAGUACAGAGGUUUAUCCGCCAGCUUACCUUCGGAUUGAGGGAAGGAAGUACGAUCUGUCUAACAUUGUGGGUGAAGGACAGGAUAAGAUCGCCCCCUUCAACCCUCUUAUCCCAGAGGCCUGGCCUGAUGAGCGGAAAAUGGGUCUUGAUGAAAGUCAGCUUCGAGCACUAAAUCUAGCCCUUACCCAUGAACUAACAAUUAUUCAGGGACCACCAGGCACAGGGAAGACAUAUGUUGGACUGAAGAUUGCUCGGGCUUUAUUAGACAACCAUCAAGCCUGGUCAAGUGGACGGCCGAUGCUGGUGGUCUGCUAUACCAAUCACGCUCUGGACCAGUUUCUUGAAGGCAUUCAUGGCUUUUUAAAAGAGGGCAUUGUAAGAGUUGGAGGUCGGAGUAACAGUGAGGUUCUGAAGCCUUUCGCUUUGAGGGAACUCACCAGAGCCGCAAACUUCCGCAAAAAUUUGCCGUCCCACCUUAGGAGAGCCCACCACGAGAUCUAUACUCAGAUGAAGGAUGCAGAGGGGCUCUUAAAGCGACAGUCCGCCCAGCUGAAAUGUAUCUUGAGUGGGGUCCUGAAAGAAGAUUUUCUGAUGAAGUACAUCUCAGCUCUUCAUUGGGAAACUCUGUCUCUACAGCCGACAUGGGAUGGGUUUCAGAGGAAGAAGUCUUCAUUCAUAACAGAAUGGCUGGGCCUCGGAUUCUCGAUGUUCCAACCGAGACCACAGCGAGCUGGUGGGGCGGAGGCAGCAGAUUCAGAUGAAGCGCAAGAGGAGGAGGAACUUUUAGAGAUUGACGAACAGGCCGAUCUGAUCCAGGCUGAGAGAAUCCUGGUGGAUGCCGAGCACCGGGAAGGAAAUGGACCUAAGAAUCAGAGGAAAGAAGAUUCCGAGGUUGAUGCUAUGGCUGAACUCAUGUUGUCCAUGAGCGUCAAUGAUACAGAGCACAUUGAGACUGCAGCUGAUGAUGAGGGUUUCCAGUUUCAAAAACACCAGAAGAAGAAAAUGAAGCAAACGGUCAAACAUGAACUGAUGAAGUCUUCAGUUAUGAGUGAGGGAGAGGAGAAGAAUGAAACCAAUGUGUGGAACUUCUGUCUGAAAGACCGAUGGAGAUUGUAUCGUCUCUGGGUUUUGCGCUAUCGCAUUGACCUCCGUACCAAGGCUCUCCAAGCCGAGCAGACGUAUCAGGAGGCAGCCGAGCGGCUCAAUGAAAUUCGCCUUCGUGAGGACCUUUGCGUCCUUCAGGAGGCUCGGGUCAUCGGCAUGACGACCACAGGAGCAGCUAAAUACAGACAAGCUCUGCAGGAGCUGAAACCACGACUGGUGGUGGUGGAGGAGGCUGCGGAGGUGAUGGAGGCUCAUACCAUCACCACGCUCAGUUCAACCUGUCAGCAUCUCAUACUGAUCGGAGAUCACCAACAGCUGAGACCUAGUGCGACUGUGUACGAUCUUGCCAGGAACUUCAAUUUAGAGGUGUCUAUGUUUGAGAGGCUGAUCAAAGUGGGUUUCCCAUUCGAGCGUCUCAACUACCAGCAUCGCAUGAGGCCGAGCAUCGCCAGACUUUUGACCCCUCACAUCUACUCCGAACUGGAAAAUCACCCCUCUGUCCUGGAGUAUGACAACAUUAAGGGGAUCAUGACGAACCUCUUCUUUGUGGAUCAUCGUCAUCUUGAAGAGGAGAUCAAAGAUGGCCGAAGCCACCAGAACCCUCACGAGGCUCAAUUUGUGGUCGCCCUUUGCCGGUAUUUGCUGUGUCAAGAAUACAAGCCCUCACAGAUCACCAUUCUUACCACAUACACCGGGCAGCUCUACUGCCUGAGAAGGUACAUGACCGCUCUUCAGUUUUCUGGCGUCAAGGUCCACGUAGUCGACAAAUAUCAAGGGGAAGAGAAUGACAUUGUCAUAUUGUCCCUCGUUCGCAGCAACCUCGAAAAGAGGGUCGGUUUCCUGAGCAUUCCAAAUCGCGUUUGUGUGGCACUCUCUCGUGCAAAGAUGGCUCUCUAUUGUAUUGGGAACAUGGACAUGCUGGGGUCGGUUCCGCUGUGGAGCAACAUCCUUCACACUCUGAGAGAGAGUGGUCAAGUGGGUCGUGCUUUAACACUGAGUUGUCUUAACCAUCCAGAUAAACAAGCCCAAGUUGCCUGUGCCGAAGAUUUCAAGAGUGCCCCUGAGGGUGGCUGCGAUCAGCCCUGCCAGUAUCGUCUGGACUGUGGCCACGUGUGCACACGUAUGUGCCACCCUUAUGACGCUGAGCAUAAGAAGUACCAGUGCAACAAGAACUGCACAAAGGUGCUGUGUGAACUCGGACACCCAUGUCCACUCCGCUGUUAUCAGGACUGCGGCAAAUGUCAGGUACCCAUAGAAAAGAUGAUACCAUCUUGUCUGCACAUGCAGAAAGUGCCCUGCCACAAAGAACCUAUGACCUUUGUGUGUCAAGAGCCGUGCCAAAAGACCCUGACAUGCGGUCACCCCUGCAAAGCAAAGUGCGGGGAAUCUUGCACAACUCGGUGCACGGUGAAAGUUCCCGUGGAGCAGAAAUGUGGCCACACCCAGAAUGAGCAAUGCUCAAUUUCCAGAGAUCCCAAUAGGGUGCCACGGUGCAAAACUAAAUGUGGCACUACCCUGAAAUGUGGGCAUCCCUGCCCAGGGCUUUGCCAUGAAUGUUAUCAAGGUCGCUUACACAAAGGUUGUGCAUAUAAAUGCCAACGUAUCAUCGUUUGUUCUCACGAGUGUAAGGAGCCCUGCGUAAGAGAUUGUCCACCCUGUUCCUUUCCAUGCGAGAACCGCUGUGUCCACAGCAUUUGCAAGAAGCCUUGCGGUGUCCCUUGUACCCCAUGCAAAGAACCCUGUGCAUGGCAGUGCCCACACCACUGCUGUACCAAGCUGUGUCAUGAACCAUGUGACCGACCCCCUUGCUCUGUUCCCUGUAACAAAACCUUGCCCUGUGGACAUGGAUGCAUUGGUCUGUGUGGAGACCUUUGUCCUGACAAGUGUCGCGUUUGCCAUGCAGAUGAAGUUACGGAAAUCUUCUUUGGCACGGAGGACGAACCGGAUGCAUGUUUCAUUCAACUUGAAGACUGCAAUCAUCUGUUUGAGUCUGAAGGAAUGGACCGUUACAUAAAUCUUGACGAAGACCAAGAGGCUAACCUGGAUCAAAGGGCCAUCAAGCUUAAGAAUUGUCCUAGGUGUCGUACUCCAAUCCGUAGAAACCUGAGGUAUGGCACUCACAUCAACCGUAGCCUGGCAGCCAUUGAGAUGGUCAAGGAGAAGAUAAACGGUGUCCCAGCGCUUAUCAGGCAACAACAGGAUGACCUCAGCUUGGAACUGGCUGGAAAGACUCAUCUGAUACAGUACCUUCCUGAAGAGUAUGCCAUGGUUAGACAAUGGCUUGACACGACUGACCUUUCACUCCAGCGCCUGUGGGAACUUGAGAACUUGAUGACCUUCCUUGAGAAGUUUGCAAAGCUGGUAAAGAUGCAGAAAGAAUGUUCAUUGCCAGACAACAGCGACAUGUUCUCAAGGAGAAUUGGCGAGUGCUUGAAAUUUCUUCUGCAUCCAAACCAAAGGUUUUCAAACCAGCAGGUUUCCGAUCUUGAACGUGAGUUUAGGAGACUCUCCCAUCUGGCUGAGCUCAAUGCCCGUUGUCAGAUGUCUCAGUUCAAGGAUCUGGGAGUUGGGCUCAACAAAGAGAUCAGACAGUUACGAGAGAUCCUGGAGGACAUGCUGCCCUUCUCUGAGGGUCUAGAACUUACAGUGAAGAUGAUGUUUGUAGAGAUCGACCCCAGACUACCACGAAGUGGUCUAGGCAUCACAGAUGAUGAGAGAUUGAUGAUUGUCAAAGCCAUUGGUUUGAAUAAAGGCAACUGGUACAAAUGUCCCAACGGUCACGUGUAUGCCAUUGGUGACUGUGGAGGCGCUAUGGAACAAAGCACAUGUCCAGAAUGUAAGGUCACUAUUGGAGGAGCUAAUCAUAGUUUGGCUCAAGGAAAUGCUCUUGCGUCUGAGAUGGAUGGAGCUGACUAUGCGGCCUGGUCAGACACUGCCAACAUGGCAAAUUUUGACCUACAAAAUCUCAUGUGAUUGUUUUCUCUGCAGGUGUGAUCUGAUUGUGCUUAUUGUUUUAACCAAAAAUCAUGAAAUGUUGUUUUAAUCCGGUAUGGAGACAGUUUCCUUUUGUCCAGGACAUGCUGUAAAUGAAAUGUUAGAAAAAUGACAGGUAUUUUGGCAAGUAAGUGGAUUUUUUUCGUCAACAAUGCUUGUUUUUACUCAUGGUAAGCACUUAGCAGUAGCACUUUCCAAUCAUUAUUUUUCAGGCUGCGGUUUUUAAAGUUGUGAUUGUGAUCAUUCAGAGCACAUGUAUAAUCAAGUACGGAGAGCACUUUCCCUUUUCUGCUGAGCAUGCCUUAAAUUAAAUGUUAGAAAAAUGCCAAGAGCAUUUGAUUUACUGGAGGUUAGCGCUGGGCUAUGAUGAGAAAUUCAUGAAUUUUAAAGCUGUUGUUAAUGUUGUCAUUGUGAUAAUAUAAAGCACAUGUUUUUGUUGUUAGAGGAACAUAUUGCCUUCUAUUAAAUGAACUCGGUUAAACAGAUCUAUUUUAAUGCUUAUUCCAUUAAAGCAUGCUGAAAUACACAAUAUAGCAACUGAUAUGAUGUUGAACACCUAUUCACAUGGUACUGUCUAUAUAACUGUAAGCACUUAGAGACUAACUAUUGACUUACUGUACUAACAAAUAAAGAAUACUAUAUA